UAGCGAAUCAAGAAAAUAUUCAUUGCCAAUAUCAUAUCUUCUUUCUCUCUCCUUUUUCAUUUAUAUAUAUAUUCCAUUCCCCACCCCUUUCUCAUUCUUCCUCUCUUUUCUUUUUCUUUUCCCCCAAACAUGGACUACUCCGCGGCGGCCCUCGAUUCCGAUUCCGAGGUUUCUCACCUUCCCAUUCACAGCCAGGUUGAGAAGAUCAAGAAGGAGAUUGAGAAGAUCAAGCAUCCCUCUCUUCAGCAAUCCGACAUGAACACUCACCUUCUUCUUCGAGGGAUCUCCAUUUCCAAGCCACGCUCUCGCUCCCCCUUAGGCCUUCCCUCCGACACCUCUAUUUCUGUCGGCAACUAAUCUCUCUCUCUCUCUGUAAACCCUAGAUUCAUUCUUCAACCAUCCAUCUACAAAGUACAUACUUUUUGUUUUAGGCUUUCCGACCUAAUCUAUGAAUCCAAUAUUAUGCUGGAAUUUCUUCUUCUUCUUCUUCUUCUUCUUUCUAUCAAACUAAUUUUACUCUUUAA